AGUCUGGUACGUAUAAAAGAAACGUUUAUAAAGUUCUAGAGUCAUUUUAGGUAUUAAAUCUGGGCCGUUAUGAGUUUUUUUACAAUCACGAAAGUCAAAUAUCAAGGUGCUACUUAAUUGUAACAUAACUUGCUGUGCUAAACUGAAAAUACAGAUACAAGGAUUAAAUUUAAUAUCAACACUUCUUUGGCUAUCUGUAGCUGGGUUUUCAAAUUACAUAUUUUAAUCAAUCAGUUACUUAAUCUCUGAAUAAUUUAUUGACUAUAUAGACUCGGAGGAGAGUGUCACACCUCUAGUUUAUGGGUCUGUGUACAGUCAGACCUCGGAGAUUCGCGAGGUGAGGAUCCAGGACCCGUCGCGAAUGAGGAUUCGCGGAUGUUUGGUAGAGUCACUAAAAAUGAUGAACUGGACAAUUACUUCAUCGACAAUGAGAAAGUUGUACUCCAGAGCAUCGCAGAAGAUCUCAGGACCAGCGUGCCACCAGAAGCCACAUUUUCCUCGGAGUCCCUCGCUCUUCAGAAGAUCCGACAGUCUUCGCGGACUCACGUCGAUGCCUUCCUGUAUGACGAGGAAGCGGUGGAUGCCCUCUGCGAGGAGGGAAAGCUGAGUCGUAACUACUGCUUGCAUUGUGGCUCCCAAAGAACAGCUCCUCUCGAGUUCAUCUCGCACUCUUUUUCUAUCAUGGAGCUACGUUUUCUGUUCCAUCAUGUUCUCCCAGACCUAACUGGACUGAUGUUGGUCGAUGUUGGCUCCCGGCUUGGGGCAGUGCUCUAUGCGGGGUACCUGUACAGUUCACUAGCUAGACUGGUUGGCGUGGAGAUCAGUUCAGAGUUUAUUGGUCUUCAGAAGAUGGUAGUACAGAAGUAUGACUUCGCUGACCGAAUUGAGAUUGUACAUGCAGAUAUCUGUACUCAACCCGGCCUUCUUCAGAGUGCUGACGUUGUUGUUUUGAACAAUGUGUUUGAGUACUUUCUUGAUCAAGACAGCCAAAUAAGAGCAUGGCUGUGCAUCCAGCAGAAUGUCAGAAAGAAAGGGGCGCUACUAGUUACUGUUCCCAGUAUGCAAGAGGCGCUCUCUGCUCUCCAACCGAGCGGCGAUGGCUUAGACAUAAGCCCUUGGGUGGAGGAGUUGCCAUUAAAUUAUGAUGUCUACCUUGGGAUGGACAGUGACCCUGACACUCUCAAACAGAUCCAUCUUUACCGGGUUCUCUGAACACAGAGAAAACUUCAGGAAACAUUCACUGUGCUAAACUUCAGAAGGACUCCGCAAUGAACCUUUACUGCUGGCAAGAUAAUGAAAGAUACAGACGCACAACGUUAAACCUGCAAUGCCUGUAAUUGAGUGUGUCUGUAAAGUGGUGUUGACUUAAUGAAUAACCAUAAAUGAUAUUUUAAAUUGCUCUCCAUGUCAGACCAAACCGUUAUAAGGAUGCAUUAUGGAAGACCUACAGCCAAUGUAAAUUGACAGAUACCUGGGAGAUCGUACCCAUAGCAUUUAUGAAGAUAUACAGGAACUGAAUGAUAUACUUCUGUAUAACAGACAGUGAGAAAUUGCUUUAUAUCUUUGAAUGUGUACAGAUUUUAGGUAUUAUUAAAAACAUUGUUGUUACACUAUAUACUCAUUCCAAGUUUUAAAGAACAAUGUCUUUCUUAGCAGAAUAAUAGGAGUCACAGUGCUUUAGUACAGUUUUUCCCUGAAGCUUUUCUCUGUAAUAAUAGAAAACUUUUAAAAACCCUAUGAUGUUACUUGAGCCAUUUUAUUGAAGUAAUUAUGAAAUACAAAGAUAACCAUAUUUCAGAGCUAUAGCUUAGGUGUUUUAUUUAAAUGUUUGCAAAACCUGAAUAUGUAAAUAAAUGAAAUACUUAUUUAUCUUCUAACUGUUUAUCCUGGUCAAGGACACAGGAAUAAAUAACAAAAUGGGAAUAUUUAACUUGAAUAAUAAAUCAAGACUUGGAUAGUCAUGAAAGUAU